AUAAACGCUUGGGCCUACGCUGUUGCUGGUGCUGUGCCACGUUUGACUUUUCCUUUCUCUUGCGGCGUUGGUGUUUUCAGUGUCAAGAGUAGCAGAUUUCAUAUACCGGCUUUCAACUUAAUACGGUGCAAUGUUUAUUAAAUUACUAAUAGCUACGCUAUGUAUUGCAUCCACUAUUGCAGAUGAAAUUAAGAAAGAAAAUCAUGUUUUAGUUUUGACAAAGGAUAAUUUCGAAGGUGCAAUCAAAGAUAAAAACGUUCUGGUCGAAUUCUAUGCACCAUGGUGUGGACAUUGCAAGGCUCUUGAACCCCAAUAUGCCAAAGCCGCAGAGAGUCUAGCUGAAGAAAAAUCUGAACUGCUCUUGGCUAAAGUUGAUGCUACAGUUGAAACUGAACUUGCUGAACGGUAUGGAGUUCGUGGAUACCCAACCAUCAAAUUUUUCCGUGAAGGAAAGAUCUUCGAAUACAAUGGAGGACGAACUUCAGAUGAAAUUAUCAGAUGGCUUAAAAAGAAAACUGGACCUCCCGCAGUUGAUUUAUCAUCUGUAGAAGAUGCUAAAAAGUUUGUUGAUAGUAACGAAGUUGCUGUUGUUGGAUUUUUCAAGGAUCUUGAAAGUGCAGAUGCAAAGAUUUUCAAGAGUGUUGCAUCAGAAAUGGAUGACUUCGUAUUUGGUAUUACAGAUGACGAUGUUGUUUAUUCUGAACUUAAGGCCUCAAAGGAUGGAGUCAUUCUUUUUAAAAAGUUUGAUGAAGGACGAAAUGAAUAUGAAGGUGAAUUGAAGGAAGAGGAUCUGAAAAAAUUCUUGAAAUCUAACAGCUUGCCAUUAGUAGUUGAAUUCAGCCAUGAAACAGCACAAAAGAUCUUUGGUGGAGACAUUAAAGCCCAUAAUCUUCUGUUUAUCAGUAAAGAAUCUUCAGAUUAUGAAAGCCGUGUAGAUGUCUUCCGUAAGGUAGCAAAAGAAUUCAAAGGCAAGGUUUUGUUUGUUACAAUCAAUACCGAUGAUGAAGAUCACGAAAAGAUCAUGGACUUCUUUGGCUUGAAGAAAGAAGAUACUCCAACUAUGAGAUUGAUCAAGCUUGAAGAAGAAAUGGCUAAAUUCAAGCCUCCUACUGAAGGAAACAGUGAAAGUGAAAUUAGAGACUUUGUAAAUGGUGUUUUGGAAGGAAAGAUAAAGCAACAUUUACUUUCUGAAGACAUUCCUGAAGGAUGGGAUAAAGAACCUGUAAAAGUUCUUGUAGGAAAGAAUUUUGAUGAAGUGGCUUUUGACAAAUCCAAGAAUGUUCUUGUUGAAUUCUAUGCUCCAUGGUGUGGUCACUGCAAACAGUUGGCUCCCAUUUAUGAUGAGCUUGGUGAAAAGUACAAAGAUAGAGAUGAUGUUGUUAUUGCCAAAAUGGAUGCUACAGCAAAUGAAUUAGAACAUACUAAAAUCAAUAGCUAUCCCACUAUUAAAUUGUAUAAAAAAGGCACAAAUGAGGUUGUUGAGUACAAUGGAGAACGUACUCUAGAAGGCAUUAAUAAAUUCAUUGAAACUGAUGGAGAAUAUGGAAAAGCUGCUCCUGAUGAGGAGGAAGCUGAAGAAGCAGUCAGGGAAGACGCGCAGGCACAUCGUGAUGAACUAUAAACAUCGCAACUUAAUAGGUCAUUCAUUUCAUACUCCUCAUACACACAUUGUGUACCAAAGUCAAGCGCAAUCAGUUGUUAAACUCAUUUUUCCAUUCAAGCCAAUGGCUGGUCUCCAGGGGUUAAAAUAAAUCGGACAUUUUGUGUUGUGGUUGUGCUGAACAAAUUGGAUUUAAU